AUGAUGCCAAACGCAAAUAUGAGAGAAUCAUCGACACAUAUAAAUAAAAGACGAAGCUCUGCCUCUACAAUGCCAUUGCUCCAGGCAUAUCCCUCUGGACAGCACUACAACACCGGCAUCUCUUCUUCUUCUCAUCCUCCUCAUCCUCCUGUCUCACCACCAUCUUCCCAGUCCUACGGGAGCAAAAGAGUCACAAAGAUGGCCGCUCAAACAAUGGACAGGGUCAUGUCCUAUGUGACUUUCAAGCCUGAUAUCGGCUCCGACAGACACGAAGCUCCCUACAUCAACGAACAGGGUUAUGUCGACUUCUCUCCCGAUGACCUCGAGAACCCACGAAAUUGGUCCAAGACACGGCGAUGGGUUAUUACAUGUCUUGCUGUUUUUCUUGCCAUGAACGGAAACUUUGCAUCAAGCAUUUUCUCGGGAAGCGUCGAUUCUGUUGUGGAAGAGUUUGGAGUUUCAACCGUCGCUGCGAGCUUGACGACGUCCAUGUUCCUUCUUGGUUUCUGUGCUGGGCCCUUUGUCUUUGCACCUCUUUCUGAGUUUUAUGGUCGUCGAUGGAUCUUCUACAUCACUUUUAUCGCCUACAUGGCCUUCAACUUUCUCUGCGCUUUCCCACCAAACUUUGGAUCACUCCUCGUCGGAAGAUUCCUAGCGGGUGUCUUCAUCUCUGCUCCGUUAAGCACCACCCCCGGAGUCCUGGUCGAUCUCUGGGACCCCAUCGAGCGAGGAAACGCUACUGGAAUCUUCAGUCUGGCCUCUUGGGUGGGACCUUCUCUAGGUCCUGUUGUCUCCGGCUUUGUUCAGCUCAAGAAAGACUGGCGAUGGGGCAUGUACUCUGUUCUUUGGCUUGGAGCCGUCACCGUUUUCCUCAUGUUUCUGAUUCCCGAGACACAUACGCCCACUAUCUUGGCCAAGAAGUCCAAGCGAGCUCGAAAGUCUGGCAUCAAGGGAUAUGAGAAUGCUGUUAUGGAAGGCGAAGAGGAUGCGCCCAGCCUAGCUCACGUCUACAAACUUGCUCUUACGCGGCCCUGGAUUCUCAUGUUCGACCUGAUUUCUCUCUUAUGCUCCAUCUACACCUGCAUCGUCUUCACUCUUCAGUUCAUGCUUUUCAGCAUUUACCCUAUUGUUUUUCGAGACAUGAGGGGCUGGAACGCUGGCGUUUCGCAGCUGCCUCUUCUUGGCCAGGUCGUGGGAGCUGUUCUCGGAGCCAUUGUCAUCUUUGUCGAUAGUGAGCGUCGACGAAGCAAAGAUGCUGCUGGAAAGGUUCUCUUGCCAGAGGAUCGACUUCUCAUGGCCAUGUUUGGAGGUGUUGCCUUCCCCAUCACUAUGUUCUGGCUUGCGUGGUCAGCUAAUUUCAAUGUUGUUCCCUGGAUUGUUCCUACUCUGGCAGGCACAUUUCUUUCUGCCGCUCUGAUGCUUGUUUACGUUGCCGUUAUCAACUACCUCACCGAUACAUACGCCUCGUAUGCAGCCUCUGUCAUCGCCGCCAACACUGUUGCCCGAUCCGCUGGUAGUGCUGCUGCUCCCCUGUUCACGACUCAAAUGUUUACUGCUCUUGGUGUUGGUGGCGGAGGCUCCCUCAUUGGAGGGGUUGCAACUCUGCUCGCUUUCAUCCCAUUUGUAUUCUUCUGGUAUGGCGCUAGCAUCCGUAAGAAGAGCAAGUACGCCCUUGUUGAGCCCGAACAGAUGGACAAGAUGGAUGAGGAGGCCGAUCCCACCGACUACGGUGUCGGCGCUGAUGAGACUCAGCACACAGGCGAUAUGGACCAACCUCAGAGCAAGACCUCUGAAGACGCAUGA